ACUCCCGACUUCAGAUUCCCCCAAACCCCGACCGCCGGCCUGGCGCGCGGCUGCGCCCACCGGCUCCGCGCUGCCGCCGCCUCCGCCGCCGUCCCGCAGCUCCCCCGGCCUGUGGGCCCCGGCUAGUGCCCGGGCCGACCGACCUCGGCCCGCGGCCCCCGCGCCCGCCGCCGCGCCGCGCCCGGGCCGGGCGUGGAUGGAGGGCUCCGUGAGCCCUGCCCGCUGCUCGGCGUGACGCGGGCCCCGCGCCCACCAUGUCCUACCCGCAGGGCUACCUGUACCAGGCGCCCGGCUCGCUGGCGCUUUACUCUUGCCCAGCGUACGGCGCGUCGGCACUGGCGGCGCCGCGGAGCGAGGAGCUGGCGCGCUCGGCGUCGGGCUCCGCGUUCAGCCCUUACCCGGGCUCGGCGGCCUUCACGGCACAGGCGGCCACUGGCUUCGGCAGCCCGCUGCAGUACUCGGCCGACGCCGCCGCCGCCGCCGCCGGCUUCCCGUCCUACAUGGGCGCGCCCUACGACGCGCACACGACUGGGAUGACGGGCGCCAUCAGCUAUCACCCGUAUGGCAGCGCGGCCUACCCGUACCAGCUCAACGACCCAGCGUACCGCAAGAACGCCACGCGGGAUGCCACGGCCACGCUCAAGGCCUGGCUCAACGAGCAUCGCAAGAACCCCUACCCCACCAAGGGCGAGAAGAUCAUGCUGGCCAUCAUCACCAAGAUGACCCUCACGCAGGUCUCCACCUGGUUCGCCAACGCGCGCCGGCGCCUCAAGAAGGAGAACAAGAUGACGUGGGCCCCGAGGAACAAAAGCGAGGAUGAAGACGAGGAGGAGGGUGAUGCGGCCAGGAGCAAGGAGAGUCUGGAUAAAGCGCAGGAGGGCACCGAGACAUCCGCGGAGGACGAAGGGAUCAGCCUGCACGUCGACUCGCUCACGGAUCACUCCUGCUCCGCGGAGUCGGACGGGGAGAAGCUGCCUUGCCGCGCCGGGGACCCCUUGUGCGAAUCGGGCUCAGAGUGCAAGGAUAAGUACGACGACCUGGAGGACGACGAGGAGGACGAGGAGGAGGGCGAGCGGGACCUGGCGCCGUCCAAAGCCGUGACCUCGUCGCCGCUCACCGGCGUGGAGGCGCCGUUGCUGAGCCCUCCGCCCGAGGCCGCGCCCCGCGGUGGCGGCGGUGGUGGCAAGACCCCCCUGGGCAACCGGACGUCGCCGGGCGCGCCGCAGCCCGCCAGCAAGCCCAAGCUGUGGUCUCUGGCCGAGAUCGCCACGUCGGACCUCAAGCAGCCGAGCGUGGGCCCGGGCUGCGCGCCGCCGGGGCUGCCCGCGGCCGCAGCGCCGGCCUCGUCGGGGGCGCCACCCGGAGGCUCUCCCUACCCCGCAUCCCCGCUGCUCGGCCGCCACCUCUACUACACAUCGCCCUUCUAUGGCAACUACACAAACUACGGGAACUUGAACGCGGCGCUGCAGGGCCAGGGGCUCCUGCGGUACAACGCGGCGGCCUCGGGCCCAGGAGAGGCGCUGCACGCGGCGCCCAAGGCGGCCAGCGACGCGGGCAAAGCAGGCACGCAUCCGCUGGAGCCCCAUUACCGGCCCCCGGGCGGCAGCUAUGAGCCCAAGAAAGAUGCCAGUGAGGGCUGCACCGUGGUUGGUGGGGGCAUCCAGUCCUACCUAUAGAAGGGCCGUGUGUGUACAGCAAUACAAGUGGGAAAGAGGCCGAACCCUUUCAGAUGACUCCUUUUUAUAAUGUGAUGAUGUUGGUGUGGAGCUGAAAGAUUUGGGAUGAUUUGGCUUUUUCCUUGGUCCACAGGUAGGUGUCACAAUUGCUUUGGAAAAAAAAAAAAAGUCAGCAGGCCAUUCUUUCUUCCCAAGUUCAUAAAUACACAGACGUAAAAAGCCGCGCUCACCCGGACCGCAUCUCGUGCCACUGUAAAGGAAGGAGCCACAGAGCACCGUCAACUCAGACUAACUGAACCCGAACAGACUUUUGUUGGAUAGACGUGAAUUUGUUGGCAUAGUAUAGCUUCCCCAAUGUAUGUGUGACUUUUGAAAACAAUCUUUUUUCUCAGGAUAUCUUGAAUUGAUCACUUCAUUGCCACGGUAUAUAUGCUAUAGGUGUGAUAGGAUUUACUGUAAAAUUUAUUUGUAAAAGAUGUACACAGUAGAAAUAAAACGUGAUUGAAGAACUUGAGUACUUAAAAAAGUGGAAACAAAUUUGAUAUUUAUUUUUAUAAUGAUAUAAAGCUUCUAGUAAUUUAUGCAAGUUGUAUUGCAAUGGAAUCUAAACUUUUUGUAAAUAAAUUCUGCCUGGUUUUUAUUUGAACAUUGCUGGUUAUACAAUCUUUGUUGGUUGUUUAACAAUAAUUCUUUACUAAUUUAUAUCUUAAAUUGUAAAUAAAAACAGACUAGACUACA